UAGAGGGGCGGAGUUAACAGUCUCUCCGCUGGGCGACACAGCCUGGAAGACACAACUGGAGCUGCCUCUCUCUUUCUCUCCCUUUUUUAAACAACACAGAAAACUAUUUUCUUUAUUCAAGUUACAGCACGACUAUGAGUGAUGCACAGGUAGCGGGGCCCCCAAGACUGAUGCGGAGCACAUAAAUCUUUUGCGGCAUUCAAAACUACUCUGGCUUUCUGGUGAAUGAGCUGAUUUUAAACCAUGGUGCAGGAGUACCAGUCCCCCGUCCGGGUCUACAAGCACCCAUUCGAGCUCAUAAUGGCGGCCUAUGUGAAGAGGUUCCCCAAGUGCCCGCUCAUCCCAGUGUUUGUGGACAGUGAGAUCAUCAGUGAGAGCCACAGUGAGGAUGGAUCCACCCUUGUUACUGAGAGACGCUGUGUGGUCGAUGUUGAUGCUCCCCGACUGCUCAAAAGGAUAGCCGGUGUGGAUUACCUCUACUUCAUCCAAAAGAACACUCUGAAUCGCAGAGAGAGGACGCUGCGCAUUGAGGUCCACAACGAGACCUUCUCCAACAGAGUCAUUGUCCAUGAGCUCUGCAACUACUCAGUUCAUCCCGAGAAUGAGGACUGGACGUGCUUCGAACAGACAGCUAGUCUGGAUAUUAAAUCCUUUUUUGGCUUUGAGAGCACAGCAGAGAAGAUAGCUAUGAAGCAGUACGCCAGCAGCAUUAAAAAGGGCAAAGAGAUUAUCGAGUACUACCUCAGGGAGCUCGAGCAGGAAGGAAUAACUUACAUACCCCGUUGGACCCCCCCUGUCGUCCCUCCCACUGCCAGGCUCCAACUGCCACCCACCUCUGCUGCCAGAGCCAUCCCAGUGCACAGUGCCAAGGAUGGACUGCCCAGCAAGGACCCUGCCAGCCCCACAGAGCUGCUGGCUGGCUCUCCCGAUGACAAGUUGGAUGCAGACUACAUCAGACGUUACCUUGGUGACUUAACCCCCUUGCAGGAGAGCUGUCUUAUUCGACUGCGCCAGUGGCUACAGGAAACCCACAAGGGAAAGAUUCCAAAGGACCAGCACGUGCUGCGUUUCCUCAGGGCCAGGGAUUUCAACAUCGACAAGGCCAGAGAGUUCUUGUGCCAGUCGCUCACUUGGAGGAAGCAGCAUCAGGUGGACUUCCUUCUAGACUCGUGGGAGCGGCCACAAGUGUUGCAGGACUAUUACACGGGAGGCUGGCACCACCAUGACAGAGAUGGACGUCCUCUGUAUAUUUUACGACUGGGACAAAUGGACACUAAGGGCUUGGUUCGAGCCUUGGGAGAGGAGGUGCUUCUUCGACAGGUCCUGUCCAUCAAUGAGGAGGGACUACGGCGUUGUGAGGAAAACACCAGAGUCUUUGGUCGACCCAUCAGCUGUUGGACUUGCCUGGUGGACCUGGAGGGUCUGAACAUGCGUCACUUGUGGAGACCAGCGGUUAAGGCUCUGCUGAGGAUCAUCGAGGUUGUGGAGGCCAAUUACCCCGAGACUCUGGGACGCCUGCUCAUACUGAGGGCGCCAAGAGUCUUUCCAGUCCUCUGGACACUGGUCAGUCCCUUCAUUGAUGAGAACACCCGUAAGAAAUUUCUUAUUUAUGCCAGUAAUGAUUACCAAGGACCCGGAGGCUUGGUGGACUACAUCGACAGAGAAAUCAUCCCUGACUUCUUGGGAGGGGACUGCAUGUGGGACAUCCCUGAGGGCGGUAUGGUCCCCAAGUCUCUGUACAGAACAGCGGAGGAGCUGGAGAGUGAGGAGAACCGCCUGUGGACCGACUCAAUAUAUAAAAGUGCCAGUGUGUUCAAAGGAGCCCCAUAUGAGCUGCUGAUCGAGAUCACAGAAGCCUCCUCAGUCAUCACCUGGGACUUUGAUGUGUGUAAAGGAGAUGUGAUCUUCAACAUCUACCACUCCAAGAGGGCACCACAGCCCCAAAAGAAAGACGCACUCGGGGCCCAUGGUAUCCCAUCCCCAGGGGCCAUUAAUGUCCAGCUGAUAGAUAGAAACUGGGUGCUGGGCCAGGACUACAGCAUGGUGGAGUCAGCCCUCCACUGCAGGGAGGGAGAGAGUGUCCAGGGCUCCCAUGUAACGCGCUGGCCCGGCUUCUACAUCCUCCAGUGGCGCUUCCACAGCUCCCCAGCCUGCUCGGCCUCUAGCCUGCCCCGUGUGGACGAUGUGUUGGCAUCUCUGCAGGUCUCCUCCCACAAGUGUAAGGUCAUGUACUAUACGGAAGUUCUGGGAUCCCAUGACUUCAGGGGUUCCAUGACUAGUCUGGAGUCUAGUCAUAGUGGCUUUUCCCAACUCAGCGCUGUCACCACUUCCUCUAGCCAAUCACAAGCCAGCUCCACCAUCUCAAGGUAGCAUCUGGCCAGCAGGUCCCCUACAAUGGCCGCACUGAGAAGGAAAAAAGACGAAUUUUGAACCUGUACGGCUCCAUCUGUGCCUUUGCUAAUCAGAAUUUGACCUGUCAGUGGAAGGUGAAAUGACCACUAUGGAAAUGGUUAAGGAUAGUUUUCUCCUUAUUUGAGUGCAGUUUCUCUCUGACCUCAUCUUAUACCUUGGCAAUGACGAUGAUGCACUUGAAGAAGCAUUUCUUUCUGUGCCUUUGAUGACUGAUUCAUUAUUUGGUGUUUUUAGUGGUAGGAUUACACCUCGCAAACAAUCGAAUACCUCGGCUUUGUUAGCACAACUGCCCUCUUUUUAAGGAGGAAAUGACCAGUCCAUAUGAAAUUUGUUUGAGAAUAAAGUGAGAAAACUAAAGAAUAAUCAUGCUAUAUACUAUUUCAUUCAUUUCAUUUACUAACUGUGCAAUACAAGGAGCUGUAGGUUUCUGUUGAAGUUUUUCUGAUUGUCCACAAGAUGUCACUGUGCUCUACGACUGGAAUUGCUUGAAAGUCACCUGCAGUGAACGUAAUGGUGUUACACUCAGACUGAGUAGACCUUCUGUUGUAUCCAGUGGUUUCUGAUUGUUUAAAUAAAGAUUUUGAGAUGGUUGUGUCCUUUA